AUGCAUUUCGCAUACCCACCACGAAAGAGCUCGAACCCGCCUCCCUUCAAGGCGAGAUCCUCCAGAAUACCACCGGUUCUUCGACGCAGUAGGCUCAAGGUCAUCGCGGCAGGCGCUCUUGUAUUCUUCGGCUUAAUAUACCUUCUCUCUGGAGCCUUCAAGUCACCUAGCGGCCCUCGACCACCCUCUGGUGACCCACCAGCGGUAAUAGUGACGGUGCUGGAUGAGGACAACUUCAGCAAUAAAUAUCUCGCAAGCAUUCGCGACAACAGGAAACAAUAUGCGCAGCUACAUGGUUAUGAGGUGAUGUUCGUGAAAGCGGGCGAUUACGAUCUGAACGGAUCUCCAUCAUCAUGGAACAAAGUGGUGUCACUGAGGCACGCGAUGACAAAGUUUCCAGAAGCCAGAUGGUUCUGGUACCUCGACCAAGACGCUUACAUCAUGGACCCGGAGACGUCUCUAGAGAAUCUGGUGUUGAAGUCGGACAGGCUUGAUACUUUGAUGGCCAGGGAUCACCCGGUCGUCCCCCCUGACAGCAUCAUCAAAACAUUCCCUCAUCUCAAAGGCGACGACAUCGAUUUCGUGGUCACGCAAGACAGAGAGGGUCUUUCUUCGAGCAGCUUCUUUAUCCGGAAUGGCGACUGGGCGAAGUUCUUCAUCGACACCUGGUUUGACCCUCUGUACCGCAGCUACAACUUCCAGAAGGCUGAGGGUCAUGCUUUGGAACACAUUGUACAAUGGCAUCCUACUAUCCUUUCGAAGCUCGCCAUUGUGCCCCAGAAGACAUUCAACUCCUACAAUCGAUAUGAUAAGGGAGAGAUCUACAAGGAUGGUCACUUUGUUGUCCGCGCAGCUGGUUGCACAAACACUGGAGAGCGGGCUUGCGACGAGGAGCUAAGCAGCUUCAAGACGAAGUGGCAGGCGGCCUUCAAGGCGCAGUAG